AUGAAAAUAAAGCUCUUAUCAUUACAUACAAUUAGGAUUGAAUUAUUACAUGGCCUUGCAUUAUAUCAUUCUUUAAGAUCUCAUAAAAAUCUUCGUCAUGUGGAAAUUAUUUUAAAAACAAUCGACGAUUUAUAUAUAUUACUCGAUGGACUUAUACCAAAUGUUCAAUCAUUAAUUGUUCAUUCAACUCAAACACGCAUUUUGAGUAAGUUUAUUAUUAUUGAGACGCUUUAAAAAUGAUUCACUGACUAAGGAUGAAUAACUAUACACC